GCAAGCCUCUCUGCGUAGGGCCCGCAGCCCAGAAAGGCAGAGCCUGCUGAGGGCGUCGGAGAAGAUGAGAGCUCCUGAGCAGCUCUCCAGCUGUCACUGUGUGAGCCCCGAAGACUAAUGCAGAGAAUCAACAAGAACGUGGUUUUGGCGCUUCUCACUUUGACCAGCUCGGUGUUUCUUCUGUUCCAGCUGUAUUACUAUAAGUACUACUUGUCUCCAAAGAAUGGACCAGCUUUUUCAAGAGUCAAAGGAAGCCAGUCAGGGCAGGAUAACACAAGAUGGCAUGUGGUUAAGAAAUUCUUAAGUUUAGUGUCCAGUCACAACGUACCAGUGUAUCUUAUUGAUCCUUUGGUUCUGGGACUAAUAAAUAAAGACGUCAAGCAACUCAGAAGUUCUUCUGAUGGAAGUAGCCCAGAAUGCAAGUAUUUCUGUGCUCCAAGGGACUUUACCACAUUUGCACUACUGGACAAAACAUGGAAACAUGAAACAGGCUUAUUUAGAUCUGCUGAGAAAAUGGGGUUCCAAUGGCUAAAGAUUCAAAACAAAGACCCCCGCUUGGAAGGGAUGGAUGACCUCUCUGGGAUUGAAAUUCCACUGCACUAUAUCUUCAGAUUGGCAUCUCAUGCCAUCCACGUGGUAGUCUUUUAUGAGAGGAGUGGCAACUACCUCUGGCAUGGCCAGUUGCGGCUAAAACAACACAUGGACAGAAAAUUUGUGCUUUUCCGGAAGCUGCACUUUGGUCGCUACCCUGGAGCUUAUGAAAAGCUAGUACUUCUCCCUGUUUCCAUUGAUGAAUUGAAAGUUCAGAUUCCUAAAAAUCCGUCCCAGUUUCUAGAGGAGAUGUCACAUGCUAGAUUUCUUGAAUGUAGGUACAGAGAAGCUCGGGCUUUCUUUCAGCUGUACCCUGAUGAUACCUCCCUGGAUGCAGUGGAAUUCAGGAAAAAAGCAAAAACACUGCUGCAUUUGGCUGCCCUAACGCUAAAUAACUUAGGAGUGAGAUUCUGGCUGAGCAGUGGAACAUGCCUUGGCUGGUAUAGACAAUGCAAUAUUAUUCCUUACAGCAGAGAUGUUGAUUUGGGCAUCUUUAUAAAAGACUACAAAUCUGAUAUCAUUCCAGCAUUUUGGAAGGCAGGAUUACCACUAAAGCACAAGUUUGGCAAGGUAGAAGACAGCUUGGAGCUCUCCUUUCAAGGAGAAGGUGAUGUGAAACUUGAUAUUUUUUUCUUCUAUGAAGAGGAUGACCACAUAUGGAAUGGAGGAACUCAGGCCAAAUCGGGCAAGAAAUUUAAGUACCUGUUUCCGAAGUUUACACUGUGUUGGACUGAGUUUGUAGAACUCAAGGUACAUGUGCCCUGCGAAACCCUCCAGUAUAUUGAAGCCAACUAUGGCAAGGACUGGAAGGAACCUGUGAAGACAUGGGACUGGAAAAGCUCUCCACCCAAUGUACAGUACAAUGGAAUGUGGCCUGUUGAUGAAUGGGAUGAUGUCAUUCAAGUCUACUGAUCACCUGGAUGUUACUAGAAUGUGUUUGGUGCCAUUGGACCUAUCCAGUACCCCUUACUCCAAAUUUUUAAGAACAAUUUUCAUCCAUUUUCAAAGGAGAUGUUUAAUUUUAUCUUGUGUAGCGUAGUACAUGCAGUAUCUUGUUAUACAUCUACAUCAGGCAUUCCCCCAGACAGCUAGAGAAUGAAAGUUGUAUGUUGCAGUUGAGCAGACAACUGGGAGAAAGAGGUAGAAGGAUAAUGAUAGAAUUGAAAUAGUUAUGGCAAAAAAAGUUUAAACUUGAGCCAUGGCCAGAUGGCUUGACUUAAUUCAGUUUGGCCUCUGACCUUGGGACUUCCAUUCUCCUAUGGUUAGGGAAGUAAGUCAUAGAGGUUGCUUUCCCUUGCAGAAAGGGGGGAUUUGGUUUGCCUAGAGCAGUGGUAGCCAACCUUUUUGGAAGGAGUGCCACAAAUUAGCCCUGUGCCAUCCCCAGAUACCACUCCCAUCCCUACCCCCUGCAUGAUCCGCUGCUCUUUUUUCUGCUCUGUGCCCUUUCUCCCACUGUGCUGCUUGCCCUCUCCCCAAUCUGCCACAUGCCACACACCCAGACUGCCCUGGCCGCUUGUGGUUCUCAUGCCACAGGUUGGCCACCCUUGGCAUAAAGUAUCCACAUUAAAGUGAUUAUAGAAAAAAAUAAUUUGAUCAACUGAUGUGAAGCGCUCCUAGGAGCUGUAGCAGUCGGGUAAGUCUCAAAGGUUGCUGGCAUAUUGUUCAGUUACUCAGAGCCCAUGUGACUGCAUUGUGAAAGAGCAAAGAUGAGCUAUGUUGGGGAUGCAUAUGUAGUCCUAAAUAAAAAAUUGGGGAAGACUCGAAAGCCUUUUGCACAUUGGAGGACAUCUGGCGCCUCCUCCUAUUAUGUCCCAAGGAAAUCUGGGUUUGGAAGCCUGGUAACAAAAGAGAAGUUCUCUGUUAACCACUUUGUGUAUGUGUGCUGGGGAAUAUUAUCCACCGUUUAAUUAUAAUGUGACGCCAUGUGCAGCAGGUAAAUGCUUCAUAUGACAGGCAGUCACUUAUUCCAUUCUUCGAUGUUUUAAUUAUGGUUCUCAACCUGGGAUUUGCAAAUGUAUUUUUUGUAACCAUCCUUGUUUUCUUUUUGGAUAGAAAGAAGUGGGGUGUUGAAAUGUUUAAGUAGCACUUACUCUAAUUUUUAAAUGUAAAUACAAGCUAAUAAUCUGUAUAUUACUGCUGCCAUCUCUCAGAUUUACAACAGUGUAAUCAAAAGUCUCCUACUGGGUUAACACUGAACUAAAUUUUACACAGGGAUGUUAUUUAUUGUACUUUUGAUCAGUGCACUAAACUUCUUCAUUUGUACUUUGAGAGGAAGCUGUUGGUGAAUAAUUGGGUUGUGUUAGAAACUGCUUGAAUGCAUCUAGUGAGAGAUGAGUCAAAAGUGCUCUCAGAGUGGAGUCAGCAAAGUUACCCUACUUUUAAAUUGCUUUAGCCCAUGUUGGAGGACAAGACAAGAGCUGGGGGGUCACUAAUGGUAUAACUGCCCAGUGUACUGGCACAAACCCUGCGGCACUUGGGUGCUUUCAUUUGGCGUGAAGCAUCCUUCAUAUGUUUAUAUACAAGUCUGAAGACGGUGUUUCCUUUUUAGAGCAUUAUAGCUGUAUCCAAGUCACUGCUUCUGUCAGCUGCUGGUUAGAUAGGACAAAUCUUUGGUGUGUAUUUAAUUGUUAUCUAUCCAUCCAGUUUUGCAGGUGUAUGUGUUCAGGUUAAUACAGUUUUGAAGAGCUAAAAUAGCAGCUGCUAUGUGGCUGUUUUACUGCUGCACCAUUCCAAGUGCACUCUGGGGCUUCCCUGGGAUUUAUACCCAAGAGUGCACUGUACACUUAUUUCCUGCCAACCUUCCCAGUUCAUGAAUGCUCCUGCCACUGAAUUCUAAGUUAAAUUAUUCAGCAUUUGGCAAAUACUUUAAAAAUUGUCACAUCCCUAAUUACCUAGAGUACUUUAAACACUAUGGUAACCACAGGGAUUUUGCUAAAUUAGGUAUGGGAAGAGGUAAAAUUCUGCUGAUGUGUUUACUUGGUGAGGUAAAGCAUUGUCUGAAGGGAAGAGUUUUGUUUCUCAGGUAGAUUUUGUUUUUUGUUUUUUUUUGCAUUCUUUUCUGUUAUAAAUGGCUGAAGGCCAAUUUUCUUAUGAUGUUAUAUAGAGCUCUAUGUUGUCAUGCAGUUUGGUAAUUGAAAAUGGUACAGUAGCUCUUUAUGCUUUCUUUUUUUUUUAAAUGUCACAGAAGGGAAAAGAUAGGUACUAUCAGGAUGGACAGUUUGCAGUUUGUCAAAUUUAUGACUGUAACAGAAAUAACAAAAAAAUGCACAUGCUCCAAGUGAAACAGUGUGUUAAAUGUCUGACUUUUAGUACGGUAUCUAUUUAAUUUAUUGUACAUGUUAAAAUACUCUCUCUUCAGAAGAUACAGAUUGUAUUUUGUAACACCAAUUAAUUAAUUAAGAGUUUAGUUAACAUGUCAACAUUCUGAGUUACCCUUUGUGCUCUGUUACCUAAGGCAGGGGUCAGCAACCCUUGGGCCAUGGACCAGAUUUGGCCCACAAAGAUUGCUCUGGCUCCUGAAGCUGCGAUUGCAAUAGAGGCCAGGUCACUGGCCCACCUUAGUGCCAUUAAUUUGGUCCACCACUGCUAAAAGGUUGCUGACCCCUGAUUUGGAACAGUAUUUUUCAGUACUGUUAUUUUACUGUGAAAUAAUAUGGAAAAGGUUUUGAUUUUUUGUUUUCUAUUGUUUAUUGACUGUGUUUUACCUUGUACUUUUAUUAAUAAACUCUGAAAACAGUGAUAGCUGCUCAAAUGUCAAAGA